AUGGCGGCCGAGCCCGUCCAUUCUUCCACCACAAACCCACACCACUCGUCGCAUUCUCAUCAUAACCGUCACUUCCGCGUGUAUAAGAGGCGCUGGUUUGGCUUGAUCCAGCUGAUUCUGCUCAACAUUGUUGUGAGCUGGGAUUGGCUUACUUUCGCGCCUCUAUCUGCUACUUCGUCGGAGUACUUCAAUGUCUCCGAAACGGCCAUAAACUGGCUGAGUACUGGAUUUCUCUUUGCUUUUGUUGCAGUCAGUCCACUCGUAAUGUGGACGCUUAAUCGAGGGCCUAAAAAGGCCAUUAUCACCGCCAGUGUGCUGGUCUUACUCGGCAACUGGAUUCGAUAUGCUGGCACACGCGCUACAGGCGGACACUACGGCGUGGUCAUGUUUGGACAAAUCCUCACGGGCCUUGCCCAGCCAUUCGUUCUCGCUGCGCCUACCCGAUAUAGUGACCUAUGGUUCACUGAAGGUGGACGAGUUUCUGCUACAGCUGUAGCUUCGUUGGCCAAUCCAUUCGGUGGAGCUCUUGGCCAAUUGAUUGGCCCGCUGUGGUGUACCAAGGCCAGCGAAGUUCCAAAUAUGGUCCUUUACACUGCCAUCAUUUCCUCCGUCGCCGCUUUCCCAUCAUUCUUUAUCCCAGAAAAACCACCAACACCCCCCUCAGCCUCAUCCGCGCUCCCCAAAACUCCCCUCAAAGAAACAAUCUCCACCCUAAUCCACACCCCCUCAUUCUACCCCCUCUUCAUCGCCUUUAGCGUCUACGUCGGCUUCUUCAACGCCUUCUCCUCCCUCCUUAACCAAAUCCUCGAGCCCUACGGCUUCACCGAGACGCAAGCCGGCAUCUGCGGCGCCGUCCUCAUCGUCGUCGGCCUCGUCUUUGCAGCAUUCACAUCGCCCGUCUUCGACCGCACCCACGCCUACCUCCUCGGCAUCAAGCUCUUCGUCCCCGUCAUCGCCAUCUGCUACCUCGCCUUCGUCUGGGCGCCGCAGACACGCUCUCUUGGUGCCCCGUACGCUAUCGCUGCCAUCCUGGGCGCGGCCUCCUUCGCUCUAGUCCCCAUCGCCCUUGAGUACCUCGUCGAAGUCGCCUACCCGGCCUCGCCCGAAGCGGGAAGCACCAUCUGCUGGGCUGGCGGACAGCUGCUCGGCGGCAUCUUCAUCGUCAUCAUGAAUGCGCUGAAAGAGGGGACGCUGCAGGUAGUCGAGGGUGGGGACGGAAAGGGUAAGGGCCCUGGCGAUCGCCCACCGGGCAAUAUGUACCGUGCGCUGGUCUUCGAGGCGGUAGUGGCAUGCGUCGUUAUGCCCAUGCCGCUGGCCCUAGGGGUCAAGAGGCUUGGACUGGGCGCUGGCGCUGUGAAGGGGAGGCUGAGGCUUGAUGAGGCUGGGGAAGAGGCGGCCGAGGGAGAAAGACAGGAGGAUGGCGCGUGA